AAAGGCGCGUUUCCAAACACGAAACUCGACCCAACCAAUUCAGAUUCCCUCUACUAUUUUAUUUUCUUCUCGCGCGGUGGCAAAGCAAAGCGUAUGUAAGAAUAAAGCGAAGAAAUGAUGCCCAGAACACACCCAGAGGUAAAGCAAAGCACCCACAAAGUCAUUUACAUCUUCUAAUCGCAAUCCCAAAACCCAUCCAUAAAAAUGCUCUGAAUCUCUCAAAUCAAAACACCUCUCUGUCUCUUCGUCUUCUCGUAUGGGUGUUUGAGCGAGUCUCUUUGCAAGUAUGGGACUCUGUUGUUCAAAGCGAAAGACCGGAGAAAUCCCAAUCUCAUCUUCACCAGACUCUGUUCCCGAAUAUCAUCCUAUACCCAUACGAUCAUUAGAGUCAACACCCCCAAAACCAGCCCCAUCUCUUCCUUUUCCAAAACGUGCUGCUUCUACGUCAUCCUCAUCGUCUUCUUCACAAAUUGGACAAAUUCUACGCAAACCCUAUGUCGAGAUAACCCAACUUUACGAUCUUCACAAAGAACUAGGGAGGGGUCAAUUUGGGGUCACUUAUCUCUGUACUGAGAAAGCCACUGGCUUGAAAUACGCGUGUAAGUUUAUAUCCAGACGAAAGCUUGUGACUCAGAAGGACAUUGAGGAUGUGAGGAGAGAGAUUAAUAUUCAACAGCAUUUGAGUGGGCAACCCAAUAUAGUUGAAUUCAAGGGUGCUUAUGAGGACCCGAAAAAUCUGUAUUUGGUGAUGGAGUUGUGCUCCGGCGGCGAGCUUUUUGAUCGGAUUACGACCAAAGGGAGUUAUUCGGAGAAAGAGGCGGCCAGGGUUUGCCGACAGAUUGUGAAUGUGGUUCAUGCGUGUCAUUUUAUGGGGGUGAUGCAUAGGGACUUGAAGCCUGAGAAUUUCUUGCUUGUGAGUAGGGAUGAGGAUGCUCCAUUGAAAGCCAUUGAUUUUGGGCUCUCUGUUUUCAUUGAGGAAGGGAAAGUUUAUAUGGACAUUGUUGGAAGUGCGUAUUACGUUGCUCCAGAGGUAUUGAAGCGGAAGUAUGGGAAGGAGAUUGAUGUGUGGAGUGCAGGAGUCAUUCUAUACAUCCUUCUAAGUGGAGUACCCCCAUUCUGGCACGAGACCGAGAAAGGCAUAUUUGAUGAAAUCUUACAAGGCCAACUUGACUUAGAAAAACCACCUUGGCCUUCUAUAUCAUCUGGUGCAAAGGAUCUUAUCAGGAAAAUGUUAACGAGGGAUCCUAAAAAGCGGAUAACUGCUGCCGAAGCCCUCGAGGAUCCCUGGCUGAAAGAAGAUGGUGAAGCAUCAGAUAAACCCCUUGAUAGUGCUGUCCUUGUUAGGAUGAAGCAGUUCAGAGCAAUGAACAAGCUGAAAAAGGUUGCUCUAAAGGUUAUUGCUGAAAAUCUUUCAACAGAAGAAAUUGAUGGCUUGAAACAAACAUUCAACAACAUGGAUACUGAUGGAAGUGGCACAAUCACAUUAGAAGAACUCAAAAUUGGAUUGUCUAAGCUGGGAUCAAAGCUUAAUGAAACAGAAAUUGCAGCGCUGAUGGAUGCUGCUGACAUUGACAAAAAUGGAACUAUUGAUUACAUUGAAUUCAUCUCAGCUACCAUGCAUCGACAUAAGCUUGAGAAAGAAGAGCAUUUGUACAAGGCUUUUCAGUACUUUGACAAGGAUGGCAACGGGUUUAUUUCAAGAGAGGAGCUGAGACAGGCUAUGACUCAGUAUGGAAUGGGGGAUGAAGCUACCAUAGACGAAGUCCUCGAUGAUGUGGAUACCGAUAAAGAUGGGAACAUUAAUUAUGACGAAUUUGUAGCAAUGAUGAGACGAGGAACACCAGAUACUAAUGGGAAACAAACACAUACUUAAGUUUCUUUUAUAAUGUUAAAGAAAGAAGUACAAAGCUUUUUCGAUUUCAUCUGUUGCUUGCAAGUUGAUUCCAUUUUUCUUUUUUUAAGGUUAAUAAUCCGCUUCCCUGUAUCUCUUGUAAUAAUCAUUAUGCAAUGUGUUUAUAAUUGUGCAAUCUUCCUUCUUUUUUCUCCCCUUCAA